AUGGCCAACCUCACUCUCCCCGAACCCUUCGCCUCCAUCCCCCGGUCCUCCCUCCUUCUCGGUCCCUCGCCAAUCCACCCUCUCCCCCGCAUCACGGCCGACUUGGCCAAGACUUCUCCCCACCACGUCGCCAUCUACGCCAAGCGUGAUGAUUUGAACUCUGCCUAUGCUUAUGGCGGGAAUAAGACGCGCAAGCUGGAGUAUCUUCUUGCGGAUGCUCAGGCUCAGGGGUGUGAUACCCUUGUUUCCAUUGGCGGUGUGCAGAGCAAUCAUACGCGACAGGUUGCGGCUGUGGCGGCGCGGUCUGGGAUGAAGGCUCGACUGGUGCAGGAGCAUUGGGUUGAUUGGGUGGAUCCGGGUUAUGAGACUACGGGUAAUAUUCAGUUGUCCAAGUUGAUGGGCGCGGAUGUUAGGCUUGAUCCUUCCACUUUUGGGAUUGAGCAUAAGUCCACGGCUCAGGCGGUUGUUGAGGAGUCCAAGAAGAAGGGAGAGAAGCCGUAUUAUAUUCCGGCUGGUGCUUCGGAUCAUCCGCUUGGUGGGUUGGGCUUUGCGCGCUGGGCGUUGGAGGUGAGGGAGCAGGAGCAGGAGAUGGGUAUCUUCUUUGAUACGGUCUUGGUGUGUGCUGUUACCGGAUCGACGUUUGCUGGUAUGAUUGCUGGCUUUAAGUUGCUGGAGCGAUUGUACCCUCAAGACCCCAAGCGCAAGGUUAUUGGCAUUGAUGCUUCGGCUACCGUUGAGGCUACUCGUGCUCAGGUGCUGCGCAUCGCCAAGAACACUGCUUCCAAGAUUGGCCUCACCGCGGAGGAUAUCACGGACGAGGAGAUCAUUCUUGACGACCGGUACCACGCUGGCAUCUAUGGUAUCCCCGACAAGCAGACCUGGGAUGCUAUGGAGUAUGCUGCUCGCAUGGAGGCGUUCAUUACCGACCCGGUGUAUGAGGGCAAGAGCUUUGCCGGUAUGGUGGAUAUGAUUCGUCGUGGUGAGAUCAAGGCUGGCAACAUCCUGUACGCCCACCUCGGUGGCCAAUUGGCCCUGAACGCCUACUCCGAUCUUGGCCGGACCAGCGAGUAG